GAUUUGUUCUCUCUCAGCAAAAGCGCCCUGGAGAGGCGCUUCAUUCAGGUCCAGCAGAGAAACGGAGCAGGCUGCUGACCUCCAGAGCAGGUGAAAGUCUGCAGACAGAUCCAAGAGACCUCGAGGAAAGAGGUUCACCUGCUUUGGAGCCUGUUUAUGGAGAAGUGGCAGAUAGCUCAGAAGACUCUUCUGAGAUUGAUGUUGUCACUGUCAGUGACGAUGAGUCUGCUCUGCAGAUCCAGCAGCAGCCACAUCUUUUCAGGGCCCCAGAGAACUCAGCUGAGCCACUGCCAAGGAAUGAUGGAGUGGCGCCAAGAGAAGAUGAUGGUGCACGGACAGCAAUUCUCAUCAUUCCGCUAAUUCCUGAGGCUGACAACGCAGAGCUUCUUCAAGUGCAUGGACAAGAAUGGAGAAAUGUGGCAGUGAACACUCAGGAACAGGUGGAUGGCUCUGCUGAUGGAUCAGGACCUAAUGAUGCACCUGUGGCUGUUGCAGCCCCUGCAGAACAGGCAUCAGAGGAGGAUAUUGAACAUUCAGCUGCAGAGCCAGGAGUUGUCAUCAGCUGUCCAAUUUGCAUGGACUUUUACUCAGAGAUUAUGCAAAAAGGACGACAGCUUUACACUACUGUGUGUGGACACGUGUUCUGCAGCGCAUGCCUCCCUGUUGCCCUGGAGACCACCGGCAUGUGCCCAACCUGCAGGGCAGAACUCGAUCCAGAAUUAUAUUUUCCACUUUAUUUAUGAGUUCUUCUGCUUCUCAGGGCAGACUUAGGUGGGCCCUGGAGAAUAGGUGUAGAGGCUUGUUUCUUUAGGCAUAUAGUUUUUCUGUACAUAGUUUCAUUUUUGAUAGUUCAGUUAUAAAUAUAAGUUUUGAUUGUUUUAAA